UCUGACGAAGUGGCUCUGUCGGGGCUCUGCAGAUAUGACAACUGCUCCUGCUGUGUCAAGGAUCCGUGUCCAGAUCUGAACAUGCAGUGCAACGCCACUGGUGGACAUUGCAGCCACGAGUGCAAUUCUGACGAAGUGGCUUUGUCGGGGCUCUGCAGAUAUGACAACUGCUCCUGCUGUGUCAAGGACACAGAACCUUGUCCAGAUUUGGAGCAACAGUGUCUCUCCAGACACGGAUACUGUAACCAUACGUGCCUGCCUGACGAAGAAGCUCUGUCGGGGCUCUGCAAGUACGACAACUGCUCCUGCUGCGUCAAGGCAUCAACAGACCCGUGUCCAGAUCUGAACAUGCAGUGCAACACUACCGGUGGCUACUGUCACCACGAGUGCAAGUCUGACGAAGUGGCUGUGGCGGGGCUCUGCGCAUUCGAAAACUGCUCCUGCUGUGUCAAGGAUACAGAACCUUGUCCAGAUUUGGAGCAACAGUGUCUCUCCAGACACGGAUACUGUAACCAUACGUGCCUGCCUGACGAAGAAGCUCUGUCGGGGCUCUGCAAGUACGACAACUGCUCCUGCUGCGUCAAGGUGUCAACGGACCCCUGUCUAGAUCUGAAUAUGCAAUGCAACACUACUGGUGGCUACUGUCACCACGAGUGCAAGUCUGGGGAAGUGGCUGUGGCAGGCCUCUGCGCAUUCGAAAACUGCUCCUGUUGUGUCAAGGCAUCAACAGAUCCCUGUCCGGAUCUGAACAUGCAAUGCAACACUACCGGUGGCUACUGUCACCACGAGUGCAAGUCUGGCGAGGUGGCUGUGGCGGGGCUCUGCGCCUUCGAAAACUGCUCCUGCUGCGUCAGGGAUACAGAACCUUGUCCAGAUUUGGAGCAACAGUGUCUCUCCAGACACGGAUACUGUAACCAUACGUGCCUGCCUGACGAAGAAGCUCUGUCGGGGCUCUGCAAGUACGACAACUGCUCCUGCUGCGUCAAGGCGUCAGCAGAUCCCUGUCCAGAUCUGAACAUGCAGUGCAACACUUCUGGUGGCUACUGUCACCACGAGUGCAAGUCUGACGAAGUGGCUGUGGCAGGGCUCUGCGCAUUCGAAAACUGCUCCUGUUGCGUCAAGGCAUCAACAGACCCGUGUCCAGAUCUGAACAUGCAGUGCAACACUACCGGUGGCUACUGUCACCACGAGUGCAAGUCUGACGAAGUGGCUGUGGCGGGGCUCUGCGCAUUCGAAAACUGCUCCUGCUGUGUUAGGGAUACAGAACCUUGUCCAGAUUUGGAGCAACAGUGUCUCUCUAGACACGGAUACUGUAACCAUACGUGCAUGUCUGACGAAGAAGCUCUGUCGGGGCUCUGCAAGUACGACUACUGCUCCUGCUGCGUCAAGGGGACUGAUUGCGCGCAGACUUCCGAAUGCCAAAUUGCGGACGGUCGCUGCGACAGGACUUGCGUGGCAGGAGAGGAACCGGUUAAUGACAUUUGCCUCGAGGGUUGUACUUGCUGCACCGAAGGCAAGUGUCCAGAGACCCAGGACUGCCGCGACAGAAAUGGAAUCUGCAGACCUAUGUGCACCACCACAGAGACCUCAAUCAGCGGGAUCUGCGGCACCGAUCUUUGCUUCUGCUGCGUUUCAGGUCCUCCAAACUCAUAAGAUCGGAACAAGCUGUCAAAAGAGCGUUGCCUGCAAAUCUUUCAAAUGUUCGCUUUUAGGUAAUUGGCUAUUGACUAUAAUGGCGGUGAUUUCAAUAAAGAUUUGCAAAGUGUCA